CUUGUAAACCGGUUUUCCGUUUCCGUUCGCAAAAACAAAAUAUAUUAUGAAAUGAAUGAAAACAAUUUCAUACUCUCUUUAUAUAGUGUUUUCCGAAAUAAGAAUGGAGCCAAUGUUCAAUAGUCUAAAUACGAGAAGGAAAAUUAAUUUUUGAAGUGUUUAUUUUCUAUUUAUUCAACUUUUAUUGUUAGAUACUGCGGAGGAGUGAUACACAUUUCGAGAUACAGCAUAUCGACUUCGUUCUUAUCCCGGGAAAUACUAUAGUUCUAGAUUUGUUCUUUUUUUUUAUGAAUUUGAAGAUUUAAAUUUGGAAUAUUGAAGAACAGAUUUGAAUGCUUCGAAUAUGUCCGCUAUAGGAAUUGAUUUCGGCUCGGAAAAUUGUUAUAUCGCAGUUAUUAAAGAAGGUGCCAUUGAAGUUUUAAUGAACGAAUACGGCCUGAGAGCAACUCCAAACUACAUUUACUUUGGACCAAGAAGUAGAGAUAUUGGAGUUUCUGCCAAAGUUAAUCAUGUUCCUCAUUAUGGAAAUACUAUACAUAAUCUGAAAAAUUUAAUUGGAGGACAUUAUGAAGAAACAAAAGAUGAAAUCCAGUUUUUGACGUAUGAUCUUAUCCAUUUACCAGAUGGGAGUAUUGGAAUAAAAGUAAACUAUUUACAAGAUAAUACAAUAUUUACUGUUCAGCAAGUGACUGCUAUGAUGUUUACUAAACUUAAAGAAAUUGUUGAGUACAAUCUUAGCAUCAAAGUUAAAGACUGUGUUUUAUCUAUUCCAGCAUUUUUUAAUGAUAAUGAAAGAAGAGCUUUAGUUGAUUCUGCAAAAAUUGCUGGUCUUAAUGUUUUACAUCUUCUGCAUGAAACAACAGCAGUUGCUUUAUUUUGUGGAUUUUAUAAUAAACAGUUUGUUGAAUCAAAUAAAAUAAUGUUUAUUGAUAUGGGCCAUUCAUCCUUACAAGUAUCAAUAUGUAAUAUUUCUGAAGAUGUAGUUGAAGUAUUAGGGACAACUUGGAAAAAAAAUUUGGGUGGAAGAAAUUUUGAUGAAAUUCUGUUGCAUUACUUUUCAAAAAGAUUUUAUGAAAAACACAAAGUACAGGUUUUAAAUGAUAGAAGAGCUACAAUUAGACUUCGUCAAGAAUGUGAAAAAUUAAAGAAGCAAAUGUCUUCCAAUUCCCUCACAUUACCUAUAAAUAUUGAAUGCUUAAUUGAUGAAUUAGACCUUAAUGAAACUUGCAAUAGAGAAAUCUUUGAAAAUGAAUGUAGUCAUUUAUUAUCCAUGAUUGAAGAAACAAUAUUAAGAGCACUUACAGAAACAAAAAUUACUGCACAAGACAUAGAUAGCAUUUACAUUGUUGGAGGUAGUACACGCAUUCCUGCAAUUAGAACAAUUAUUCAAAAUAUUUUUAAUAAAGAACCUACAACAACUCUAAAUCAAGAUGAAACUGUUGCAAAAGGAUGUGCACUAAAGUGUGCAAUUAUUUCUCCAUUGAUAAAAACUCAAAACUUUGAUGUUAUUGAAAAUUGUCCAUUCUCAAUAACAUUAUCUUGGAAAUCAAAAAAUUCAGAAAGUUUAGGAGAUUUUCAAAUUUUUAAACAGAAUCAGAAACUUCCUUCUUCUUCAAUAGUGACUGUUAUGUCAAGUGAACCUUUUAUUUUAAAAGCAUAUACUAAUGAAAAUAUUGAAAUUGGAACAUUUUUUAUUGAAGAAGUUAUACCAAUUGAAGGAAAUAAUACAAAAGUUGAUGUAAACAUUGAAAUAAAUGAGAGUGGUUUGUUUUCCAUAAAAUCUGCAUAUCUUAUUGAAGAAAAAACACCGGAAGAACAAAAUAAAUUGCAAUUAACAAAAUUUAGUACUACUAAUAAUAAUAAUAAUAAUUCUGUGUGUUGCUGUAAGGAUAUUGAACAAAAUACUUUCUUCUUUGUGAAUCAGCAAGAAGAGUCAAAUUCAAUUCAAGAACAAAAGGAAAGUGAAGAAAGUGGGAAAGAUGUAUUCAAUCAAACUCAAAAUAAUUUAUGUUUACUGAAAACUAGAUCAAUAACUAAGAGUCUUUCUGAAGAAACUUUAUUGAAAUACAAACAAAUGGAAGAAACAAUGAUUAACAGAGAUAGGUUGGAAAAAGAACGCAUUGAAGCUAAAAAUUAUUUUGAAGAAUAUAUUUACAGAAUGAAAGAGAAUGUAUUUAAUGAAAUAUCUCCUCAGAAGGAAUCUGUUUUGAGUAUUUUGGAUGAAGCUACAAAUUGGUUAGAGAAUGAAGGAGAAGAUCAAGAAGAAGGAAUUUAUAUAGAAAAAUUGGAACAGUUAAAAAAUUACUUUGGACAAUUGUAAUUAUUAGAGAAUUAAGAAAUCAAAAA